UCUCGUCUGCAAACCGUUGUCGUCUGCCGGUGAAGAUAAUUAGUUAAACUAUCGUCAAAUGAUAUUGCUCUUGUUACUUUCAUCAAUAAAUAUGCUUUGUCACAACGUUUAUAUAUAUAUAUUUCAUCGCGUUCUGUUGCCUUGGUGUUCCGAUAUUCAAUUUCUCCAAUUUCUCUAUGGUUAUAAAUGAAUAUAGUAGCAAACGUCGUUACAUUGGAUUGCCAUAUAUGAGAAUCAUAGAAAAUUCUGCAAAAGUGAGGUGUAUUCUAUACUUCAUUGGAAUUGAACGUGCAGGAUUUUCUAGAACGUGAAAGAACGCAAAAGAUGAAGAACUAAAGCAAGGGAUGCAAAGGUAUGCCAUUUACAAUGGGGAAGAAAUCAACAAAGUCAAGAAGCAGUAGAGGCAGCUCAAGACGGUCCGCAAAAGUGGCGCCAAUAGCCAUGCCUCUACAACCAAUCAAAUGCUGCCAAAGGAUAGCGCCAAAAGAACGGUUGUUUCUUGAAGCAGCCGAACGUGGCGAUAAGCACACCAUGUUCCGAUGUCUUCAUCCUCCGUCACCAGUAAAUGUCAAUUGUACAAAUAUGUUAGGACGGUCAGCUAUUCAAAUCGCUGUUGACAACGAAAAUGUUGAAAUUGUUGAACUUUUGUUAAAACAAAAUGGCGUCAAGAUUGGGGAUGCAUUAUUAUACGCUAUCCGCGAAGGAGUAUUUAAAAUUGUGGAAAUGUUAAUAGACCAUCCCUCAAUUACACCGGAAAUGCUAGGUACCGAAUGGUACAGGUCAAAGUAUGUUGGAGAAAUCGGUGAUUCAGAAGAAAGUAAUGAUUACUCCCCGGACAUUUCUCCCGUAAUUUUAGCAGCUCAUUGCAACCAGUUUGAAAUCCUUCAGCUUUUGCUCAUGAGGGGAGCGGUCAUUGACCGGCCCCAUCAAUUGUCUUGCUCAUGUCGAAAAUGCCAGGAAAAAGUCACUGAAGAUGGUCUGCGUCAUUCCUUAAGACGAAUCAACACCUUCCGUGCUCUCGCCAGUCCGGCUUGGAUAUCUUUAACGAGUUCUGAUCCGAUUCUUACGGCGUUUAAACUUUCAUGGGAGCUUGAAAAAUUAGCACUACGUGAGAAUGAGUUUAAAGACGCGUAUUUAGCUCUAAGCAAUCAGUGUAAGAAAUGUGCCUGUGAUUUGUUGGACCAAUGUAGAAGCAGUGAAGAAGUCAUUGCGGUGCUUAACAAAGGAAAUGAUAGCGAUUCUGAUAGUGAUGAAUGUGACACUAAUGCGGACGGUACCAUGGCGCUUUCCAGGCUUAAACUGGCCAUUAAAUAUGAACAAAAACAGUUUGUUGCCCAUCCAAGUUGCCAGCAGUUGCUUACCAGUAUUUGGUACGAGGGUCUCCCAGGGUGGAGGAAGCGAAACACCAUAUCGAAAUUCACAAUUUGCCUCGGACUAUGCCUAAUUAUGCCAUUUAUGGCCAUCUAUUAUUGGACUUUCCCACUCAGUAAAAUAGGAAAGCUUUUACGAACACCGUUUAUGAAGUUUUUAUACCACAGUGCAUCCUUCGUGACGUUUCUGGUAUUAUUAAUGUGGGCGUCUACAGAGAUCUCGAGUCUGAAAGACAGGGAAAACCUACGAGGUCCACCGCCAACCACACUAGAGUGGCUUGUGUGUAUUUGGGUAACAGGGUUUAUUUGGUCAGAAUGUAAACAGUUAUGGGAGGAAGGUCUAAAAGCCUACAUUCGUCAAUGGUGGAACUGGAUGGAUUUUAUCAUGCUAUCCCUCUAUCUAACGACCUUCACCUUGCGCUUUGUCGCGUAUUUCCAAAUGGAGUCUGGGAAAUAUGGCCCGCGUUCCAUGGAGCGCAAGAAUUGGCCGCUUUACGAUCCAACGAUGGUGUCGGAGGGACUAUUUGCAGUGGCUAACGUGUUUAGUUUUGCUAGAAUUAUAUUUCUUUUCCAAGCUGAUCAGUACUUGGGACCUCUUCAGAUAUCUUUGGGAUGCAUGUUGAUAGAUAUUGCCAAAUUUAUGUUGAUAUUUUUUCUUGUGUUGACUUCGUUUGCCUGUGGGCUUAACCAACUCUACUGGUAUUACACCCCGGAUUCUGGGAACCCGCCUUCUUUUUAUACUCUAGAGAACAGUUACCGGACAUUAUACUGGUCACUGUUUAGUCUGACCCAACUGAAGGACAUUAAGAUCAACAACAGUCAGUAUUUUACAGAAACUGUAGGAGAACUACUUUUUAUGGUGUAUCACACAAUGGCGGUUAUUGUCCUCAUCAACAUGCUUAUUGCAAUGAUGUCAAAUUCAUUCCAAGAAAUUGAGAAUCAUGCAGAUAUGGAGUGGAAAUUUUCAAGGUCAAAGCUAUGGAUGGGCUACUUCGACGAAGGCUCGACACUUCCGCCUCCCUUUAACCUCAUAAUUAGCCCAAAAUCUAUUGGAUAUUUCUUCCGGGCAAUUAAAAAUAUAUUUUGUUCAUGUUGCAAGAAAUCCUCUUUUCAAAAUAUCAGACGAAAACGAAACAAGUCUACAGAAGACAAUAUAAAG